AUGAUUUCCCUGUCCUUGAAGGCUUCAGUGCGUUCUACUUUUAGAAGCAAUGUUUUGAGAACCCCUGUUAGAAGUUAUGCUUUAUCUGCUUCUGCUCAAGCUCUCAUUUCCAAAUCUGUUCAACAUGUUGACCCAGAAAUGGCUGAAAUCUUAAGUCAAGAAAAGGCUAGACAAAAGAACUCCAUUACUUUGAUUCCUUCUGAAAACUUUACUUCUAAGGCUGUUAUGGAUCUUUUGGGAUCUGAAAUGCAAAACAAGUACUCUGAAGGUUACCCAGGUGAAAGAUACUAUGGUGGUAAUGAAUUUAUUGACAAGGCUGAAGCUUUAUGUCAAAAGAGAGCCUUGGAAGCUUUCUCCUUGGAUCCAAAGGAAUGGGGUGUCAAUGUUCAACCUCUUUCUGGUGCUCCAGCUAACUUGUACGCCUAUUCUUCUAUUUUAGAAGUUGGUGACAGAAUCAUGGGUUUGGACCUUCCACAUGGUGGUCAUUUGUCUCAUGGUUACCAAACUCCAACCACCAAGAUUUCUUACAUUUCUAAAUAUUUCCAAACUAUGCCUUAUAGAUUAAACGAGGAAACUGGUAUUAUUGAUUAUGAUACUUUGGAAGCCAAUGCUACUUUAUUCAGACCAAAGGUUAUUGUUGCUGGUGCCUCUGCUUAUUCUAGAGUCAUUGACUACGCCAGAAUGAGACAAAUUGCCGACAAGGUUGGUGCUUAUUUAUUGACUGAUAUGGCCCAUAUUUCUGGUAUCGUUGCUGCUGGAUACACUCAAACUCCAUUCCCAUUCUCUGACAUUGUUACCACCACCACUCACAAGUCUUUGAGAGGUCCAAGAGGUGCCAUGAUCUUUUUCAGAAAGGGUAUUAGAAAGGUUACUAAGAAGGGUAAGGAAAUUCCAUAUGAUUUGGAAAGAAAGAUUAACUUUUCCGUUUUCCCAGCUCAUCAAGGUGGUCCACAUAACCAUACCAUUUCUGCCUUGGCCGUUGCCUUGAAGCAAACCACAGCUCCUGAAUACAAGGAAUACCAAAAGAAUGUUGUUGAAAACGCCAAGUCUUUUGCUGAAGAAUUGGAAAACAAGGGAUUCAAAUUGGUUUCUGGUGGAACUGAUACUCACUUGAUCUUGGUUGAUUUGAGAUCCAAGAACAUUGAUGGUGCCAGAGUUGAAGCUGUUUUGGAAAGAGCUAACAUUGCCGCCAACAAGAACACCGUUCCAGGUGACAAGUCUGCCUUGUUCCCAUCCGGUUUGAGAGUUGGUACUCCAGCUAUGACCACCAGAGGUUUCGGUGCUGAAGAAUUUGCCAGAUGUGCCGCCUACUUCCAAAGAGCUGUUGAUAUCUCUUUGAAGUUGAAGGAACAAGAAGAAGGUACCAUUGCCAAGGAUAAGUUGGCUUCAUUCAAGAAAUUGGCUGAUGAAAGUGAAGAAGUUAAGGCUUUGGCCAAGGAAGUUUCCGAAUGGGCAUCUACUUACCCAGUUCCAGGUGACCUUUAA